AUGAGCACAACCCAAAAACCACCCCCUCGUCCCUCCCACUCCGUCCUACCAAACUCGCCCUCUCCUGCAAGACCUCCGCCAACCAAUUUCAAGGCAAACUACUAUUCUCCAGCUACUUCUCAACAAGAUACUCUGGUUCCUCAACGCUCGGCCCCUCCUCCGCCUAAAAAUAAUUAUAAAACUGGGCAAGCGAGUCUAAAAAUGAGUUCUACAUCUUCGAAUAAUUCAAAUGGAAGGAGUACGCAAUCUUUGAGAGGACAGUCAUCGGGACAGGGCAGUGGAGCGUAUAGGAAGGGUCCCCCUGCUAAAUCCAAUAAACCUCCACAGGCAAUCUCUACUUCCGUUCCAAAAAGUCCGUCUAGUACUAGCUCCAAAAACGGUAGUGGGGAUAGUUACUUGUCACCUACUUCUCCAAACUUCAGUUCCGCUGGGUAUAAUAACUCACUUAAAGGCGCUCCUGCUAUUAAUGUGCAUGGUGAACCUAUACAAUCACCUACCGACAGAGAGAGUGGGAGUGGAAGAUCCUUCAAGGGAGUGCUUAAUAAUUUUGUUAAUUCAAUGACAGGACCCCCAAAGAGAGUUGAGAUUUCGUCCCCGUAUGAUCCGGUUCAUUUGACUCAUGUUGGAUUCAAUCAAGAUACGGGAGAAUUCACGGGUUUACCUCAAGAGUGGCAGCAACUAUUACAAGAUUCGGGUAUCACAAAACAAGAUCAAGAAGCAAAUCCUCAGGCUGUGUUGGAUAUUGUUGGGUUUUAUCAAGAUAUUACAGGCAAUACAAACCCAAAUUUGAUCUGGGAAAAAUUUAAUAAUGCUAAAUUGACCAAGACACAACCUAAAGCGCCAACAGCUGGAUCAAGAUCGCCACCGCCGCAUACUGACAAGGCAUUUGAAAAUCCCCGAAUAGCUCCAUCGCCACCGGAACUAAAAAAGAAAUCCUCGCCUCCUGUACCGGCAAGACCAGCAAAUCCACCAUCACCAGCGGAGAUGAGAAAUAGACCAACAUCGCCAUCAUCGGCUCAAAGAUAUCCAAAGAAAACAUCACAAGACCCACCAAGGCUCCCGCCAAUAAAUCUUCUGCCACCACUCGACAGUCGUCCCACGCCAACGCCCCCCCAAAAACCAUACAAACAACCACCGCGCCCCAAGGAAAACCUAAACCAAUAUUCUGUCCCUCCACCAGCAAAACCAACUCCGUCAGCAAAACCAACUCCGUCAAUAAAACAAACUCCGUCAACAAAACAAACUCCGUCAACAAAACAAUCUCCGUCAAUAAAACAAACUCCGUCAACAAAACCAACUCCGCCAGCAAAACCAACUCCGCCAGCAAAACCAAUCCCAUCAGCACUUCAAACCGCAAAGCAACCCGCACAUGCAUCGAGUACUCGCCGAAGGGAACCGAAAAAAUCAACAAAAGAUUCAACGGAUAUUAUAGAGCGCUUACAAGCCAUCUGUACCGAUGCAGAUCCAACCAAGAUGUAUAGGAACCUGGUCAAAAUCGGUCAGGGUGCAUCAGGCGGAGUUUACACGGCAUAUCAAGUGGGAACGAAUUUGUCUGUGGCUAUAAAACAAAUGAACUUGGAACAACAGCCAAAGAAAGACUUGAUUAUCAACGAAAUUUUGGUUAUGAAAGAGAGUAAGCAUAGGAAUAUUGUUAACUAUAUUGACAGUUUCUUAUGGAAAGGCGAUUUAUGGGUUGUUAUGGAGUACAUGGAAGGUGGAAGUUUGACAGAUGUUGUGACGAGUAACAUAAUGACCGAGGGACAGAUUGCUGCUGUCAGUAGAGAGACUCUAGAAGGACUUGCUCAUCUACAUUCUAAAGGCGUCAUUCACAGAGACAUUAAAAGUGAUAAUGUGCUUCUUGCCCUUAAUGGCGACAUCAAACUCACUGAUUUUGGUUUCUGUGCCCAAAUCAACGAACUCCAAAGUAAACGUACUACAAUGGUGGGUACGCCAUAUUGGAUGGCACCAGAAGUAGUAACACGCAAAGAAUAUGGUCCUAAAGUAGACAUUUGGUCGCUUGGUAUUAUGGCAAUAGAAAUGAUUGAAGGCGAACCACCGUAUUUGAACGAGAAUCCGCUUAGAGCUCUGUACCUCAUUGCCACAAAUGGAACUCCACAAUUGCAUCAUCCGGAGAGUCUGUCUCCCGUGUUCCGCGAUUUCUUGGCCAAAUCUCUAGAAGUUGACGCUGAAAAGCGACCGACAGCUGUAGAGUUGUUAAAGGUCCGAAAGCUUGCAGUUGGUGAUCCUUCUCGAGCUAAACAACCCGAUAUGAUUGGGAAUAUCAUCAAUAAUGGCAAAUUUGCAUAUGAGGUGAUGUUUGGAGAAGUGACAGGCGAGGGCAAGAAUAACAUGGAAAAGAAAAACCUAAUUGAUCUGAUUAGGUUGGGAAUAUUUAUGAAGGACUCACUGGAUAGAAUUUUGCUUAAACCAUUGUGUAGAACUUCCAAGAUCCUUAGUGGACCAGACACAUUGCUUAAAUUUCAGCUUGCGUAUGAAGAAUCACCAAAUGAUAACUUUAAAACAUGGCAUCGUCAAACACUUGGAACACCAACAUUCAAAAGAAUCGUCAAAUUCAAAUGA